GCUCAUGCGCGGUUGGUCGUGCUGCCUGUGCGCGGCAACUACGAGUGGAACACGUGCUCUUCCUCCCUUUUCGGAAAAGGAAGUCAAGACAAGAUUCUGGAGACAUCAGCGUUACAAUUACAUGAAAGUGGUACUGUAUACACUUACAAAGUAUCCUGAUGUAUGAUUGUUCACCACCCUGAUAUACAAUGGCAAACAGAAGAUGUAUUGUGGACUACCUGGCAAAGUUUCAUUGUCCUUUGUAUGAAGAUGUUUUUGCUUCAGUUCAUGUCAUACAGAAUGAAUCAUUUAUCUACCUGUGUAAUGGUACCGAGUUUGUGGCUGUAUACAGUAAAUGCGAGAAGCAAAUAGUGGUAGUUUACCAGUUCCCCGGAAAAGCUUGCCUGAUGGAAGAAGAUUCAAAACAACAUUGUCUGUUUGUUCUUUGUGAAAAUUAUGGUUUGUUUUCAGUAAUUCUUCAUCUUAAAGAUCGCUUUUCUUCAGAAAGUCAACAACGUGGAGCAUCAAUUGAUACUUGUAGAGUUUCAUUGGAUGCUUGUAUAAUUAAAGAUCCCACCAUUCACUCAUUCAUUCUGGUUCAGAACUUGAUUAUUACAGUUGGUCAAAAAUGCAGAGUGAGGACUCUUAGCAUCUUUGGAAAUCCACAGUUAGGUCAGGUGUCUUAUGAAAAGAUUGAAGAGCUAGAUGUUCCCAUUUUAGAGAAUGUGAUCAUAAGCUCCGAUAAGAAACAAGUUAGAAUGCCUCCAUACCUUUGUUGUGUUUACCCACAUGGACAAAAGCAAAUGCCAUCCAGAGGUAUCCGAAAUUUCUCAUUGGAGCCACAGUUGUUUACCCUUCUCUUUGGAGUAGAUGCCACCAUGCUAGAUUCCCCUGUUAUUCUGUGUGGCUUUCUGGAUGGACAGGUGUACUACCUUCCCCUUAGGCAGUCUGUGACAUGCACAGAUGAUCUUAGAAGUAGAAAUUCAGUAUUCAGAAUGUUGUACCACCUAGGCCAGCCAGUCAGAUUUAUUGGGGCCAUGCUUCCCAACGACAAAGGAAACAGCACACUUUUGUUAGUUGGGCAUUAUGGCAAAAUAAUUCAGAUAAAAACUGAGUAUCAUUGUGAAGGUAGCCUUCCUAACUUUAUUGAGCGAAAUAUUCUAGGCCCUGUUAUAAGUGUGCAUAGCAGUGCCACUCACAUUUAUUACAGUACACCAUCAGACCUCAUGACUCUACCACUGUCUAACACAUCUGAAGAGAGCACCAGUUCUGUGUCAGAUGCCCCAGCUAUUGAAAACAAUUUGGUGCUUUUCUUCCAGUCUCCGCACAGCUUGAAUGUGUGUAAGAUAAUAGCGGUGUCCUGCCCAACAGAAAUGCAGACAGGAGAGGUUGAACUGGUUGCCUUUUCACUGGCAGGAAAGCUGAUGAAAAUCAGAAUUUCCAGGGGACCAAGUAAAACAAAUUCUUCUAGACUUAGCACAGCACAGACUGGACAGCGAAUAAAAGACCUCCUUUCUGGGAUAGGCAAUGUGUCAGACAGGGCUUCAUUAUUGAAAAGUAAAAUCCAGUCCAAAAAUGACUCUCUGAAAAGGUUAAACCGGGUCUUUAAUAUUUGUUGCAUGUUGCAGUCCUGUCAAGAGAGAAAAGAAGAAAAUUGCAAAGAGACAGUCCACUGCCAUGUUGUUGCAAAAUGGAACCAUUUGCUUUUACAGGACUCUUUAAAUUUGACCUGCGCUCUAGAAAACUCAAGCAGCUACAUACUGGAGGAGGGCUGGAUGCUUUGUGUUGAAGUUAAAUCACAGUCAUAUUCUAUGAGCUCAGAUAGUAAACAUUUUUCUCGUUUAUAUACAUUCCCUAUUGCUAAACUGUUGCCAGCUCAGACCAUGGAAGUGUCUGUCCCUCUGAGUUCUCUGAAUGACUUGUUUCUUUAUGCACUGGUCCAUUGUACUCUUAUUUACAACUUUCAAGGAAUCUUAGGAUACCAGGAAAAUGGCAGACAGCAAGACCAGAAUUCAUUUGUAUCAUCAAUGACUUUUAAGAACUGUAUCUGCCUGCCACUAAAAACACAAACGGUGGACAUAUUGGAUUAUCUUCGGUUAGCUAAUCUAGCAACUUUACCAAGAGAACUUGUGAUUAAACCAGUAACUGAUUUGGUUGAUGUUUUCCUGAAUACAUCCAGCCACGUAAUUCACCACUGCAGUGAACAAAUUCCAUUGAAACGUGAAACUCGGUUUAGCCUUGAAGAUGGAAAUUGUGUGGCAUCUAUCAAAGUGUCAACUGAACUGCUGAAAUGUGGGCUAACAUCAACAACCUCAGGGGUCACCUUUGCAGCAUCUACUGUGGCUUGGCUGCUGUCGUCCAACUCUGAGGCAGACCUGUUAAGUUUACCAUCUCACCCUGUCGUCACUGCUACUACACCAACGGGCAAAUCAAUAAAGAUUCAUGCUAAAGAGAUUUCGCUAAAUGACUUGUCUGCUGACCUCCCCGUCAGUGCUGUGGAAAUCCAGAUCGAAAGCUCAUCACUCAUUGACUUCUGCAGUUUACACUGGGCAAUUCUGCAGCGUAUACAAUUACUUAUGAACCUCAAGGAUUCUGGAGGUGGAGCCCAACCAGCUGUACAAAUGCAAUUCCUAUGGGGCCUGCUGCACCAAUCUGAAGUUCUUGCAAAGAAAGUGCAGGAAGUUCGGGAUCAUCUCUGCCUUGGUUUGAAAAUAUCCUCAGAAGCCACAGAAAAGUUGCUGUCUGCAUACCAGCAGUUGAGGAGCAUGGAGCUGGUUAUCCUGUAGAAGUGCCUAGAAACUGUGUCCUUCAGUGCUUUCACUUAUGUGUACCCCCUAAAUCCAUCUUGGGUAAUCCUGGUGAAUCCCACUGAUGGAUUUACUUGUGAAGAAUAUAGCAGGUGAUCAUGUAAGGCAUUCAUAUUUUGUAUAAGAAUCGUCCUUAAAGCAGAAAAGCAUAAACCUUUCGGCUAUAUCUUUAAUGUAGUUAAUUGCCAUAAAUGUUUACAAUAUAUUUUUUUUUUCUCAGAACAUUUUCAUUUAAAAGAAAUCUUCGGACAGUUUUGAUUAAUAAAUUCAGAGAAUAAAUGAAAACCCUAACCCUAAAUGAAACGUUAGCCAUUACAUGGAUUUCUCAUCUUGGUGAAAAAAUAUAUUAAAGCGCUAGGAAGUGUUUCUUUGGACAAAACAUUAGGCCACAAUUUCCAUCUCGACUUAAUGUUAACUUCACAUCAUCUAGGGAAAACUUUUCUUUAAAACAGGUCAUUCUUUGUAACCAGACACAGUGUUCGUCUGUCUCAUUCUUUGAUGUCAGAUUCUGUGAAGUCAUCGGAAAUGACCAUUUGGAAUUAUUUGGAUCCUUCUUUUAGUGUCUGGCAUUCCAAAAGGUGAGUUCUCCUAGGCAUUGCACCCCAAAAAGAGUGAGGACUUCACCAUGUUUUUUUAAGGAUAUAUUUAUUUUGGGAAUCAUUUUUCCUCGGUUUUUACAUAGGUAAAAAUUAAUCUGUUUGCUGCAUUGUUUGAGACGAAAGUCUUCGAUUUUUUUCUUAAAAUACUCCACAUGAUGUGUCUUGAAGUAUUUAAAGCAAUUGGACUGGAAUUUUUGUUUGUUUUGCCAGUUGUAUUAAAAUGUUGGUUAGUUUUUGAGAAAAUGCUUUUUAAAAGUGAUUAUUUUGUCCAUAACUUGAAACAUUUAUAUUCGGUCUUCCUACAACUAUAAUCUGUCUGCAAGUGAUGUAGUAAUGAGAUGAAUCAGUCAAUUGUAAGGUGCAUAUGAGUAAUAUUAAUUUGGAAAGUUUAACUUCUUCAUAACCUGCGACCCCUUAACAUAAUUUUCCUACAUCAAUUACUUUAAUUUUUACUUUCUCUGAGGGCAGUAUAAUGCCUUAAUUCCUUCCUAACUGGUUGCAAGUUCAUUGUAGAAUAAUUUUUCCAUGUCUUGUGUGUUUUCCUUGUUUCAGUCGCUUUAUCUCUCUGUUUUCAUAGGCCUUUCUUCUAGGGACACAUUUCUGUUGCAAUGUGGUCACCGGUCAUUUUGUCAGAAGUUAAAGUAUCAUAUUCCAUGUUAUUUGGAUGAUUAGAUAAGCUAACACUCUGUAUUUGUGUGAAAGAAAAAGGAAUAACUUAGUAUCAAAGAAUUUAACUGGAAUUUCUUGUGUAGGCCUUCUGGUACUGUACUAAGAUUUUCCUAUUUGAUUAUGUCUGUUGAAUUUGCUCAAUAUAAAAAAGAUGUUCCUGUUGACUCAUGCCGAUCUUAUUCCAAGUUCAUUGUGUUUGUGUUGUGUGACUGACCCUUGAUUUUGUCUAACGUUCCAGUGCUGAAAUUUUAUAAAUGGUGAACAAUUGCAUU